AUGGUCAUUCGCUCCACGACAAUGACCCAUCCACCUUCUUCUGCGGCCGCACUCUCCUUCACAGAGACUCUGAGUCUCCUGUCCCUCUCGCUCGCAAGCUUUGCUGUAAUUGCAAACACCUUCCAAGGCGAUGGCGCUCCUCUCGUUGCCUCACUCGCAUUCAGCGGCAUUGCGUUCGCUGGUUCAUACUCCAUGAUACGAUGGCUGGGUCCAACAUUCAUGAAAGCUGGUCUGAAAGGGAAAGAUAUGAGUAAACUACAUAAAAAGGAGAUUCCCGAGACGAUGGGUGCUGUCUGUGCUGUAGUAUAUAUCUUGAUCGUUACUGUGUUCAUACCCUUUCCGUUCUAUAAGGAUAUUGUGGCAGCGACUUCUGGAGGUGGGAAUAGGGAUGUGGUUCAGGAGACCAUUGAACAUGUACAAAGGGGGAGAUUUUUGCAUAAAUUCCCACAUAGCAAGCUUGCAGCUUAUCUCUCUGCAAUUAUCACAGUUCAAUCUGUUUCCAUCCUGGGUAUUGGCGACGACCUCUUCGACAUUCGUUGGCGCCAUAAAUUCUUCAUCCCAGGAAUCGCCAGCAUACCCCUCCUAAUCGUCUACUUUGUCGAUUUCGGGGUAACCCACAUCGUCGUCCCCAUCCCUUUACGCCCCUAUCUAGGAGAACUGCUCCAGUUAGGAGUUCUCUACUAUCUCUACAUGUUCGCCGUCGCCAUCUUCUGCCCAAACAGCAUCAACAUCCUUGCUGGCGUGAACGGCAUCGAAGUCUCCCAAUCCCUCGUGAUCGCCAUCCUCCUGGUCCUAAACGAUUGCUACUAUCUGCUAGUACCAUACCCACAUCCAGCAGUAGACUCGCAUCUCUUCUCCCUCUACAUGCUGCUACCCUUCAUCGGCGUCUCCCUAGCAUUAUGGUGCCACAAUUGGUACCCCUCCAAAGUCUUCGUCGGAGACACAUACUGCUAUUUCGCAGGUAUGGUUUUCGCAGUCGUAGGGAUCCUAGGCCACUUCUCCAAAACGCUGCUCUUGCUCUUCAUCCCGCAGAUCUUCAACUUCCUCUAUUCCGCGCCUCAAUUAUUCCGUGUUGUGCCCUGCCCACGUCAUCGGAUGCCUCGUUUCAAUGCCCGGACAGGCUUGAUGGAAUGUUCGGUGACAGAGUGGCAGUAUCCUCCCAAGCCCGUGGUUGCAAAGGUGUUGAAGCUGCUGCACAGACUGAAUUUAUUAAGAGUUGAGACGAAUAGCCAGGGGCAAAUUGUGGAGAGUACGAACUUUACCAUUUUGAAUUUGUGGCUUGUAUGGUUUGGACCGAAGAGGGAAGAUAGAUUGGCCAUAGAGAUCUUGGCCAUGCAGUUCGCUGUUGGUCUUUUUGGGCUGUUUGCUAGGCACAACUUUGCUCUGCUACUGUUCGAGUCCGACAACUUGAAUGUAUAA